AUGAAGCUUGUUUGGUCGCCGGAAACCGCUUCUGACGCUUACAUCGACACCGUUAAAUAUUGUAAAAGCUUCAAAGAAUCAGGAGUAGCAGAGUUUUUAUCAGCUACCGCGGCUGGAUGGAACGCCAAGCUAAUCGUUGAAACAUGGUCACGGGGCGAUCAAAUCGCGACUAGCGUCGGACUCGCGGUUGCGGCAACUCACACGUGUGGAAGACACGUGUGUAUAGUACCUGAUGAGCAGUCUAAACUAGAAUACGUGUUAGCUAUGAGAAGAUUUGCCACGACGGAAGUUGUGGUGAUCGGAGAAUCUAUUGAAAACACGGUGGAGGAGUUUCCCGGUGUAGAUUUCAUGGUGGUUGAUUCGAAGCGGCGAGAUUUCGUUAAAACGCUACGAUUUGCGAAACUUAGCAACAAGGGUGCCGUUUUAGUGUGUAAAAACGCCACGCAGAGAGCGAUUUCUGGGUUCAAAUGGCACGAUGUGUUGAAAAGAGGGACACGUGUGGUUAGAUCCGUGUUUUUACCGGUGGGUAGUGGGUUAGAUAUUGUACACGUGGGAGCUACUGGUGGUAACACGAGAAAACUUCCUAGCCGUUGGAUUAGACACGUGGAUCAUCUAUCUGGAGAGGAACAUUUGUUCAGACGCUAA